AUGUACAAGGGGCAGUAUCUGGGCGGCAAGUGGCACGGCGAAGGUUUCUACAGGUUUAAGGAUGGGACGACGUACGAGGGGCAGUGGAAGGACAGCAGUUUUCACGGAACCGGCGUGCGCAAGUACCCGAACGGGGCGUCGUACGAAGGGCAGUGGCAGGACGAUGAGUAUCAUGGUUACGGCGUGUGGAAGUGGCCAGACGGGACCAAGUACGUAGGCAAUUGGCAGGGCGGCAAUAUGCACGGCGAGGGCGAGUACACGUUUUCGGAUGGGACGUCGACGUACAAGGGGCAGUUUCAGGACGACAAGUUUCAAGGCUACGGCGUGCGCACGUACCCGGACGGGGCGUCGUACGAGGGGGGGUUUAAGGACGACAAGCGCGACGGCAGUGGCGUGUACAGGUCGACUGUGUAUACGUACGAAGGGCAGUGGCAGGGCGACAAUUUUCACGGCGAGGGCAUGUGGGUGCAAGUAGUGAAGGGGGACAGGUACGCGUACGUAGGGCAGUUCAUACACGGCAAGCGGCACGGCAAAGGCCUGUACACGUGGCCGGAUGGGGAGGAGUACGAUGGGCAGUGGGAGAACGGCGAGAAGCACGGCGUGGGCACGACGGUGGCUUCGGAUGGGGACAGGUACAAAGGGCCGUACAUGCACAACAAGCGGCACGGCAAUGGCCUGUACACGUGGCCGGACGGGACGAGCUGGCGCGGGGAGUGGAGUGAAGGUAAAGUGGGCUUUUGUGGUUCACCCAAAGGCGUCUGCAUCAAGCGCAGCGGCCAGACUGUUCUGAGCGAACAAGAGUCAUGGUUCUCGGACUGCAAGCCGAAGGGGCCGCAGGAAGCACAUGGCCCCUAAGGCGGUUGAGGUUGUGUUGAGGUUGAUGGUAGUGAUGAUGAUCAUGGCCAGCAGGUAUUUAUGCGGGUGGCGAGACUCCAACAGAUUCAGAUACCAAUGGAUCGCUGAAGGAGCCGUCGGACAGUGUCGCUUUAUGUCAUGCGCAUCACUUCGGCAAAGCGAAACAAAGCAACGCACGAAGAUGAGUAGUGCCGCGAGUUUCUAUUUCAUUCCCGCGUAUUUCUUUGUCGAUUAUGAUGUGAAUUUCGCUGCCUAUCAAAAUGCCCUCGAGCUCGAGCUGCAGUGCCCAGUGAACUUCGGCGCCUGGUAUCAGAACUUCUAGAGAUAGCGGCAUCAGAUGAUUUUUUGUGCACCAACGUGCUUUAUCUCUAUUCGCGACUAUAUCCGCCUUUGAGCCGAUUUUUACGGCGAGCUGCGGUUCAGCUUCUCCCUAUUUGUCUUGUGUAUUCGUUCGAUUCUCAUAACAUGCUUAUGCUUUGUGACCCGUUUAUUUUUUUUUUUUACAUUUUUCGACCCAUACUUACUAUAUUUAUCUUUCUAACGAUAAUUUGAAGAAUGUGAGCAAGUGCUUGCGUAGUUUGCAUUUAAUAUUAAUAAAGACUCGCGCAAUAAAAUUGAUUUUGAUUUUUUUUUUUCCACUAGCGCUAUACCUUCUGUAUCUGCAUUUAACAUUUUAAUCUCUGCUUUCAUUUCAGCCCCUCCAGCAACUCCAUUUUAAGAACCCCACUUGAAGAUGAAGACGCCAGCAUUUUUCGGAGCGCUGAACUACUAGACGCGGUCGCCAAGAACGACUCAGCUCACUCUUAAAAGCCUCCGUGUGCCCGUGUCUGAAUGAAGACGAUAAACCAUAAAUCAAAUGCAUACUAUCGCCGUCAGGCGUUAGCAUUCUGCAUG